GGUUUUCUAACAACACCCCCUGCACAGCGAAAGCAAGAUGGCCGAUCAACUGACCGAGGAGCAAAUUGCCGAGUUCAAGGAGGCAUUCAGUUUGUUCGACAAGGACGGCGAUGGCACAAUCACCACCAAGGAAUUGGGAACUGUUAUGCGGUCUUUGGGACAAAAUCCGACUGAAGCCGAGCUUCAGGACAUGAUCAACGAAGUGGACGCUGACGGAAACGGAACCAUCGAUUUCCCAGAGUUCUUGACGAUGAUGGCCCGCAAGAUGAAGGACACGGACAGUGAGGAGGAGAUUCGUGAGGCGUUCCGAGUUUUCGACAAGGACGGAAAUGGCUUCAUCUCGGCCGCUGAACUGCGCCACGUCAUGACCAACUUGGGAGAGAAGCUAACGGACGAAGAGGUCGACGAGAUGAUCCGUGAAGCCGAUAUCGACGGAGAUGGACAAGUCAAUUAUGAGGAGUUCGUCACCAUGAUGACAACCAAGUAAAUCACACCAAUCGGGAUCUGAAGCCGCCGUAUCGUUUGCGAAUCACCAACACCUUUUCUCUCACCUUUCGUUUUUUUAUUCUUCCCCGCUUGAAAAUUGUGAUUUCGCUCUCGAGCCCCAAAAAAAAAUUGCCAAGCCCAGUCAAAAAAUGCUAUAAAUGAUGUAAUUUAUGUUCAAAUUUAAGUUUUUUUGCCUCUUUUUUGACAGACGUGCUCUCAACCUAAUUUUGUUUUUUUCUUAGAAUGUGAAACUCAUUUAUAAGUCAUUUUUUUCUUAUUUCCUCUUUACAAUGAUUGAGUUUCUUCUUCUCCUGCCCCUGCCCCCAAAUUAAAAAGUCCCGGAUCCUCCAGUUCUUGGUCGCCUGCCCCGGCUUGACCCUUCCUCAAAAUAAUGCCUCCAACCUGUAAAACCCCAUAAAAAAAUUUAAAAAACUUAAAAAAAACCGCUGGCUUCUUCUUUUCCCACUUGGUAUUUUUCUCAUAUUUUCUCUUCUUCCAAAUUGUUCUUCCCAAAAAAUGUAUUCCAAACUCGAAAAUCUUUCUUUCCUCUCUCUUUCCCCCUCAACCAUUUAUAGAAAGUGUAGAAAAUUCCCUCUUUUCGCACCACACACACACCGUCACACGGGCCAUUUUAAAAUUGUACCUGAAAUAUUUUCUGUUGCUUUGAAUUUCGAUUUCGACAAGCAACGGCAAAAAAUUUUGGCGCCUAGUGAACACUUUUUGCACCAUUGCUUUCUUUUUUUUUGUUUUGGAUUUUUUCUUUGAAAAUUCCUAUUUUAUAUUAUUGUAAAAGUCAAAGUCUCCAAAAUCCUUUAAUAAUUUAAUUCCAUUCUUCCCAACCAACCCACCACCACCACCGUCUCUAUAAUCUCUGAACAAUUCAAAUUUUUAUCUCUGAUUAUCUCGCUUCUCUCGUCCCUUGAUGCGAACUUAUUCAACAAAAAAAAAAGAAAAUCUUCAAAUGAAACUUGAUUUUUUUUGAAUGCUUUGGGGUUUUU